AACGCUAUACGUACCCGGGUUGUUGGACUGUUCGGACGUGUGUAGUAGUGAAGGGGUUAUUUAACGCGAGUUAACCGAAUAAAUACAGUGGAGAAAAAAGAAAUAGAGCUAAAAAAAUAAAAAAGAAAUACCGCGAAAUAGUCAUAGCCAGCAAAUGAAGAGCCGAAAGCGCUGUGAGACGCGCAAAGUUUAUAAUUAAACGCAAGUGGAGAAGCAAAGAAAAAUAUUAGUGUUAAGAAAAGAAAAAUAAAUGAAAUAAGCAACAACAGAAUCAAUGCAUGAAAUAUAAGCGAGGAAACACGAAUUUUGUGUUGUGUUUUAGAUUAGUGGCCCAACAUAAAGGCGACGUGUUGUGUUAAUUAUUUGCAUAGUGUUAUAUCAAAGGCAAGUUGCCGACGACAUUACAACAAAAGUGUAUAAAAUAAAUUACAACAACAAUAAAAAAAUACAACAACAAUCAGCAUAAUUAAAGCGCAUUAAUAGCAGUUAAAUAUCGCCUGUCAGGCGCAUAAAGCCAUAUUAAGCGCUCCAAAGCCAACAACAACAGCAGUAAGCAAGCAAAAAGUGUGCGUACCAAAUUUGUUUUUACUACCUUAUUUACACACACCUAUACACGCGCAAGUAUGGCCCACGCCGUCGAAAUUGCCGGCAAACGGAAUGCCACAAAGCCAACAACGGCAGCAGCAGCGCAUAAAAAACAACAACUACGUCGACUAUUUCUGCUGUUGCAAGUUUGCAUUGCCGUUUUAGUGGCCAGCAGUUGUUUGGCAUUGCCAUCGGCGGCCAAUGCGAAACAUCUCGACGGUCAUCAUUUUCAUGCUCAUCAUGAGCAACAACAACAACAGCAUGCACAUCACAGGCGCCGCCUGCAGCGCGAUUCGACCAGUAAAAUUUUGAACACACGCGAACAGUGCAACAGCGUGCGGGAUUACUUCGAGACGAUCGACAUUAAGCUGAGUGGCAACUUUGAGGAAAAAGGUGCCAUUUGUGGUGGGCACUGCUGUACGAAUGCAACCGAAUUGGAGCUGAGAAAGAAGUCCACCGGCGAAUUUGAACGUCUGUUGCAUCAUCACACCAAUAGCCUGCGCGGCAUACUCGAAUCUACGGCGAAUCUAUUUCAAAAACAUGUCCUAGACCUGGCAGAGCAAUCAGAGAAUAAGACACUUGCGGUCUUUUCACAAGUGUACCGACGCAUGGUGCCACAAUCGAGCGAAUUGAUCCAUCAACUCUAUUCCGAAAUCAUGAACCAUUUGAGGAAUUCGAACAGCAACAACGUCAACAGCGGUAGCGUCAGCAAUCUGAACAGUCUGGAAGAAGCCAUACAGAAAUUCUUUGUGAAUCUCUUUCCGGUCGCCUAUCAUCAGGCAGUGCACUUGAGCAAGGAUAAUUACGGCGAAUUACAUGAGGAUUAUAUCAAUUGCUUGAAGCACACAUUCGAUGAUCUGCAGCCGUUUGGCAGCAUACCACAGGAGAUCAAACGCAAUUUGUUGCAGAGUGUACAAACAGCGACAAUGUUCUUAAAUUCAUUGCAACAGAGCGCUGAGGUGCUCAGCGAAGCUGAUCAAUUGUAUUCGUUGUAUCUGAGCGACAACUGUCAAAAGCAUUUGCUCAAAAUGAGGCACUGUCCUAGUUGUAAUGGUUUGCAGAAGACACAAGUGAAGCCGUGCUACAGUUAUUGCAUGAAUGUAUUGCAUGGUUGUUCGGCUCAAUACGCCGGCGUUUUGGAAGGCCCUUGGUCCAAUGUUGUGGAUGCGAUCCAGAAUUUAGUGACAACUCAUAUACGAUCUGAUAGUGGCAUUGUAACAACAAUUAAACAACUGGAUAUUAAGUUAUCGGAAACAAUAAUGCGUGCUAUGGAAAAUGGACCUAACCUAGAAAUGAAAGUUAAGAAAACAUGUGGCACACCUAAACUAUUACCCUCCCUCACUAAAGACAGCGAGCCACGCCCCCAAACUACACACACCAUUAAAUGGGCCUCACCACCAGACACGGAAAUUCUACGCUUCCAAUCUACAAUCGAUAAAUCCAAAGAAUUCUACGCGAACAUCGUCCACAAUGUGUGCGAAGAUGAUGACAUACAACGAAAUGAUCACAACUGCUGGACAGGCGAUCGUGUUGGCGACUACACGCAAUUGGUCAUGGCACAGGGUGUCGAUACGCAACGUUAUAAUCCCGAGGUGCCGUUGGAGGUAAAUUCGCAGUCAACGAAAUUGAACGAGUUGGUGGACAAAUUGAUCAAAGUGCGCAAAAAUAUUGGUGCAGCGGUGCCAUCCACUCCACGUUCAUACUCGGACAUACAAAGCGAUAUGGCGCGUCACGACGAGGAGGGCUCCGGUCACAUGCCCGACGACAUGGACGAUGAGGAGUACGGCAAUCAGAAUGGCUCCGGCGACGGCUCUGGCGACGGUGCCACCUCAUCGCCCUUCGAUCCAUUGGGCCCAACCGAGAUCACCAACAACGACAUACUGCCACGUCAAGAGAACGCGGCGACGUGUCACAGCGGCCUCGGCAAACUGCUUGCCACCGCAGCACUACUAGUCCCGAUUGCAAGCUUUUUGCUGAGCAGCAGCUAAAUUAGAGCAGCCAAGAGCCCUCGGCAAGCAAUCAGCAGGCAGCAAUAAUUAUAUAUGGAGCAUGCAAACGGAAAGUUGUUUCACUUUAGUAAUACUAUAAAUAAUAAUUAAUUUAUGUAAACGAAGCAGGCGAAGAGGAAAUGAAAAUAAUAAUAAUUAAAAACAAAAAGAAGUAUAUACAUAUAUAUAUAAAUAUAUGUAUGUAUACAUAUUUAUAAUAAUUAAAAACUAGUGUGUUGAUACAUACAUACACACAUUAUGUGCAAAUGAGCCUCUUGAAAUUGAUAUAUAAAUAUAUAUAUAUGUAUAUAUACACAUACAUAUAUAUAAACAUAUAUAGGGUGCAACUCUUUGAAACUUUAGCGUAUACCAAUAAAUAUACAUAUACAUGUAUGUAGUAAGCACCUAUGCCACAUAAACAUACCACAGUUUGUAUGUAAAUGCUAUUAUGUAAAAUGUACAGCCGCUUAACGGCCAAAAAAGUAAAUGAUAAGCAUUUGUCUCAAAAUGUAGUGGGUAAUAAUAGCACACUUUCAGGCGCACAAAGCAGUAACUAUGUAAUGCCAGCAUAGUUAGCGAAUUUAUGAUGUUAAAAAUACAUACAUAUGUAUAUUUAAAAAAUAUAUAUAAUGGAGUGCUUCAUUUCAAGCUUUAAUAGUAGUUUGUAGCUGUGAACAAACUUGUGAAAGUGUAAACGAAAAAAGGAGCUAAACAAACGGGCACAAUUUCGAAAAUAAUUUUUGGAAAAAGAACAAGAAGUAGUUUUUCUGUUUAUUUUGAGUAAGGAAAAAGUAGCAUAAAAUUUAAGUACUCAAACUAAAAAAAAAAAUAUUAAGAGAUAUUCAGUUAAAAAAAACUGUGCAAAUAUUUAUAAAUUGUAUAAAAGGUGUUAUGAUUCGAGCCGUCUAUACGAUUUUCACAAAUAAUGUGCUGCUGCAACUGUUAUUAUAUAUUAUUUUAAAAUAUUCGUAAAAUUUGUGUAAUAAAAUAACCAAUUUAUUUAAUGUAAGAAUGUGUGUUUCUUAGGUGUUUAAAUUAAAAAUUUGAAUAUAACAUUUAUUUGUGAACAAGAAAAUGUAACAAUUGAAAAAAUAUUAAAGGACGAUGCAUGUGUGUUACAUAAAUA